AUGCACAGCACACCCUCAAAAAAGCGCAAACAUGCUCAAAAUAUAGGCGAUAGCGUCCUCAAAAAAGCCAAAUCCAUGAAGUUCGACUCGGAUGCAACUACACCACUUGUGAAGAAGGAUAAGGGCAAGGCGAAGGAGGUAGAAGAAAGUGAAUUCAGGAUUGUCAAGACUACGUUGACCGUUUCGAUAUCCCCUAUAUUCGCAAGCAACCCUCGCAUCGGAGUGGAGGAACUGCUAGAUUCCAUGGUAAUGCGGUAUAUACCAGCUCUGGAGGGCGUGGUCUUAUCCCAUUCCAACCUUUCCUUCAUCCAAGACACCGGGAUAAUAAAAGGAGACAGCCCGUACCUAAUAUGCGAUGUCGCGUUCGAUGCAGUAAUAUGGAGCCCCCGCGUCGGAAUGAAAAUCACUGGGAAGGUUAACCUGUGCUCUCCCGAUCACAUAUCCCUCCUCGUGCAUCGCACAUUCAAUGUGUCAAUACCCCGACGCCAUAUCCCAACCAAUGACUGGGAGUUUGAAUAUGGUCCGGCUGAAAACGACCCGGAAUUCGGUGCUGUGUCUCAGGAUACAGACGAAGAGAAACAGGACGCGUCAGAGGAUGCAUCCAAAGGUCAUAGCGGGCGAUGGAUUCAUAAAUUGACCUCAGAGGUGGUUGGUGGGGAAAGUGGAUUCAUCUCGUUUGUGGUGGUUGGCCUAACCAUUGCGAACGAGAUGCUCUCAUUGGUUGGCUCACUUCAAAGUGACCCCUUCUCGCCGGCCCACACGCUUGUCAAUCCUCUUCCAGAAGAAGAAGUGGAAGCCGAGGAAGAUCAGGACGGAUCAGCCUCUGAGAACGGCAUUCCUUUAGAUGGCGGAAGCGAUGGAGAGAGCGAGGCCGUCGACGAGGACAUCGAGCAAUUCGAAUCGGACGAAGAAGAAACAGAACGCCUCGUCCAGAAACGAAAACGAAUAGAUGGCCAGGGCAAGGAGGAGGUAGGGAAAAGAAAACCAAAACGUCAGAAAGAUGUGUAG